GAUGCGCUCUUUGGCUUACUCCUUUCUCUUCGUGGACGCGACCGAGGAAGCAUCGCUCAAGUGUCUCUUCCCACCCCUCUCUUGCCGUCAUGUCUAAGUCCGAGUCUCCUAAGGAGCCCGAACAGCUGCGGAAGCUCUUCAUCGGAGGGCUGAGCUUUGAAACGACCGAUGAGAGUCUGAGGAGCCAUUUUGAGCAAUGGGGAACCCUCACGGACUGUGUGGUAAUGAGAGAUCCCAACACCAAGCGCUCCAGGGGCUUUGGGUUUGUGACUUAUGCCACUGUGGAGGAAGUAGAUGCAGCUAUGAAUGCAAGGCCACACAAAGUGGAUGGAAGAGUCGUGGAACCAAAAAGAGCCGUCUCAAGAGAAGAUUCUCAGAGACCUGGUGCCCACUUAACUGUGAAGAAGAUUUUUGUUGGUGGCAUUAAAGAAGACACUGAAGAACACCAUUUACGAGAUUACUUUGAACAAUAUGGCAAAAUUGAAGUGAUUGAAAUCAUGACUGACCGAGGCAGUGGAAAGAAAAGAGGCUUUGCUUUUGUAACUUUUGAUGACCAUGACUCUGUGGACAAGAUUGUCAUUCAGAAAUACCAUACUGUGAAUGGCCACAACUGUGAAGUAAGGAAAGCCCUAUCAAAGCAAGAGAUGGCUAGUGCUUCGUCCAGCCAAAGAGGUCGAAGUGGUUCUGGAAACUUUGGUGGCGGUCGUGGAGGUGGUUUUGGUGGCAAUGACAAUUUUGGUCGUGGAGGAAACUUCAGUGGUCGAGGUGGCUUUGGUGGCAGCCGUGGUGGUGGAGGAUAUGGCGGUAGUGGGGAUGGCUACAAUGGAUUUGGUAAUGAUGGUGGUUAUGGAGGAGGCGGCCCUGGUUACUCUGGAAGCAGAGGCUAUGGAAGUGGUGGACAGGGUUAUGGAAACCAGGGCAGUGGCUAUGGCGGGAGUGGCAGCUAUGACAGCUAUAACAACGGAGGAGGCGGAGGCGGCUUUGGCGGUGGUAGUGGUAGCAAUUUUGGAGGUGGUGGAAGCUACAAUGAUUUUGGCAAUUACAACAAUCAGUCUUCAAAUUUUGGACCCAUGAAGGGAGGAAAUUUUGGGGGCAGAAGCUCUGGCCCCUAUGGUGGUGGAGGCCAAUACUUCGCCAAACCACGAAACCAAGGUGGCUAUGGCGGUUCCAGCAGCAGCAGUAGCUAUGGCAGUGGAAGGAGGUUUUAACUACUGCCAGGAAACAAAGCUUAGCAGGAGAGGAGAGCCAGAGAAGUGACAGGGAAGCUACAGGUUACAACAGAUUUGUGAACUCAGCCAAGCACAGUGGUGGCAGGGCCUAGCUGCUACAAAGAAGACAUGUUUUAGACAAUACUCAUGUGUAUGGGCAAAAAACUCGAGGACUGUAUUUGUGACUAAUUGUAUAACAGGUUAUUUUAGUUUCUGUUCUGUGGAAAGUGUAAAGCAUUCCAACAAAAGGGUUUUAAUGUAGACUUUUUUUUCUUUUUUUUCUUUUUUUUGCACCCAUGCUGUUGAUUGCUAAAUGUAAUAGUCUGAUCAUGACGCUGAAUAAAUGUGUCUUUUUUUUAAAUGUGCUGUGUAAAGUUAGUCUACUCUGAAGCCAUCUUGGUAAACCUGCCCCAAGAGUGUGGAGUUAGAAUUACUUCAGGGUGGUGCCAAAUUUCAUUUGAAAUUUACUUGGAACUGCUUGGGUUCAGAAGCCAUUGCUUUCAGAAAGAAACCUUGGUGUAGUUAACUGACAGUUACUGUGACCUUGAUGAAAUUCACCAUUGACAGGGUGACUCAAGCAAAGUCAUGGAAUUUUAUUUGGUUAUAAAAACAAUGGUUGGCACAUCCUAUGCAAUAUCUAAAUUGAAAAAUGGUACCAGAUAAAAUGAUAGAUGGGAAUGAAGAUUGUGUAUCAUCCAUUAUCAUGUGUAAUCAAUAAACGAUUUAAUUCUCUGAAUGGAAUGACAACUGUAUGGAUUUGGGACUGGCAGAGAUUUGGACUUUACCUACACACUACCCCUGAUAAAACGUUGAAUGUUUCUAUAUCACAGUGCAAGUUCAAAGCUCUGCCAGAGAACAGCCCCCUGCUGGCUAAUGCCACCCAAUAAGUCCACAGAUUAGAGGUGUUACAGACUACUUUUCUUAAAAUGACAAAAUACCCAUACAAUUUUAAUUUGAAGAAUAGGGUACAUUAAAGGAAAACUGCAGUUUUUGUGGGCUUUUUUAAACUGGGUUAUUUUUUUGCUUAGGUCAUUGUUGGGUGGGUCUUCAGAUAUAAUAAAUCAUUUGUAGAUUUAAAUUAGAAAUGUGAUGUUUUCUGCAUAAUUAUAUCAACUGCAGUUUUCUUUUAAAUGUGGCACAAGGUCACACAACAUUCAGAGGUGUUAAUUGUAUGGAAAAUGCAUUCUAAACAGUUGAUAUCCAAUAAUUGUCUGUACAUAAGAUUCUUUUGAGCCUUUGGUGCCACUUUAAUUUCAGUGCCUUUGUACCUAGUAGUAUAGAUACCUGUUUAUCAUUAGGACUGUAUUCCAUUCCAUGGAUGUAUUACUUGGAAGUUCGGGCGGAGGGUGGGAAAAGUGGAUGGGAGGUGGUGGGGAUGGGAAAGCAUGGAUGAUAGUUACAUGAUACUGGCUGAGUUUGCAAUAGCAGGUGGAACCUUAACUGUUGAGGGAGUUUGCAGAUACCUCAGGAUUCGUGACAAUGCCUUUAAAGAUCCAGGAGAUGUUCAGCUACUAGGAACUGCUAGCAAGCAUAGCGCGAAUGGCUUCGAGCUCAGACACUCUGCAGCUGAGAGUAGACACAUGUGGUAUGUGGAGUACAGAUAAGCCAGGGGCAGGCCACGACAUGCUCCAUGAAAGCUAGGAGGGAGUGAAAUUUCAGUGACCAUCGCAAGGAAGGAGGCAGACAAGAGUAAGGCACACCUGACUCUUAGGACUAGCAGUCAGAACCAGAAGGAAAGGUUUUAUUGCUAUACUGGUAGGUAAGAACAGAUUUUACUUACAUCCAUAUAGUUAUGUAAAAUCCAGUUUUCUGUUGGAAUCUCAUUUAUAUUGAGCCAAAAACUAGUCCAGUUAAGCUGAACUUGGUUUUUUGUAUCUUGAGAUUAAUUGACACCCUAUUGGCUUCAAAUUGAAGUGGACACUUUAAAUUUAUGUCUGCUGUAAAAUGUUUGUUCCCAUUUCCUUAAAACAAUGGCUCAAGUAAAAUACAUAUAUUAGUAUCUUCCCCAACAUGGUGGGAGGUGGGUGGUUCAUUAGUGGGAGGUGGGGGGAAUAGUUUGAAGUGGGGCUUGGUCUCAAAAAUAGAGCUAGUUCUAAAAGUUGUUUACUUUUCUAGGGAAGAAUCUGCUACAGGCUUAACAGCUCUGUUUUAAAAAAAAAUCAAACUAUCCCAAGUUCAUGGCUAAAAGGAAAAUCCUUGUGAGGACAACCUUUAUUAUCAGCCAUUGUGCUUUAUCUCACUGCCAUGCAGUUGGUUUAGCUGUUCUAAUUAUUAGCAGCUUUAAUUCAGUUUUGUGAAUGGGCUUUAUAAUAAACUAUUUUGACUUAC